AUGGGGUUGAAAAGGAAAAUUUUGUUUAUGUUCCACUGUGUACUUUUCAUUGAGCUGAUUCAAGCUGAUUGUGAAACAUAUUUCGACAACCCAACUGAUAUAGUAUUUAAUGACAGCACAUUGUUUGAAAAAGGAGAUGAAGUUCGGGAUUUCUACAGUGAACUUGGUAAUGAAACACUCAUGUUCCUUGAUAACGGCUGUGAGAGAGCGUUGGAAAUUAAUGGAACAAAACUCCUUUUAAAAGUGAAUCUUCUAGAUCCUAGUGCUUGUGAUAUAAAGUCAAUAGGCUGUGUUUUUAGGUGUGAGGUAUGUAUUUACAAGAAUAUUGGUCGACUUUGGGCGACCCUAAAGGUUUGGCGAAUAACUUUAAAAAGUUUUCCUUAA